AUGAAGCAAAAGAUUACAACAGUCAUCCUUCCUACUACAUCACCAACAACGUUGGUAUCAACAACGACAGCAAUCAAAGAGUGCCCGGUAAAUACGAUAUCUGAUACCUUAGAUGUUGAAGAAGUAAUUACUUCGUCCAAUCCAAAUGAGGCAGAUCAAGUUCUGGAACCUGAAGGAUGGACCCCAGCAACUGAUGAUACUACUCCAAGCAUUGUAUUGUCAUGGAAGGAACCGGAUUCAAUCAUGGAUGUAAUUGUAGAAACAGAAAAGGUCGACACUAUUCAAAUCAUUGUUUUAAAUGACGAUGAUGUUGUUUUUGAUGAGCCUUUCAAGGUUCAACCAGAUGACAAAACAGUAGAGGUAAAUUUACCGAAUAUUCAGAAGGACAUUGUUCCCGGUAACAAGAUUAAAUUGAUAAUUACACCUGUGUCGGAUGACGUGACGCCUGUUGUGAAGAAUGUAAAUGUGAAAAUCUGUAGGAAAGAGACUACAACAGUUAUCCCUCCUACUACAUCACCAACAACUGUGUUAUCAACACCGACAGAGACUACAACAGUCAUCCCUCCUACUACAUCACCAACAACUAUGGUAUCAACAACGACAGCAAUCGAAGAGUGCCCGGUAAAUACGAUAUCUGAUACCUUAGAUAUUGAAGAAGUAAUUACUUCAUCCAAUCCAAAUGAGGCAGAUCAAGUUCUGGAACCUGAAGGAUGGACCCCAGCAACUGAUGAUACUACUCCAAGCAUUGUAUUGUCAUGGAAGGAACCGGAUUCAGUCAUGGAUGUAAUUUUAGAAACAGAAAAGGUCGACACUAUUCAAAUCAUUGUUUUAAAUGACGAUGAUGUUGUUUUUGAUGAGCCUUUCAAGGUUCAACCAGAUGACAAAACAGUAGAGGUAAAUUUACCGAAUAUAAAGAAGGACAUUGUUCCCGGUAACAAGAUUAAAUUGAUAAUUACACCCGUGUCGGAUAAUGUGACGCCUGUUGUGAAAAAUGUGAACGUGAAAAUCUGUAGGAAAGAGAUUACAACAGUCAUCCCACCUACUACAGCACCAACAACUUUGUUAUCAACAACGACAGAGUGUAUGAAGACCGCUUUAGAUGAACUUACUCCAGCAAUGUUGACAGUUACUACUGAUGAUUCUGCCAAUGGAUUUAGUCCAGAAGACAUAAUGCGAACCUCGGGAUGGAUUGCUGAUGCUAGAAACCCUGUAGUUGUUUUGGAAUUAAAUGACGAUGACGACAGUCCAAAGAUUUAUGAAGUUGGUAUGACUGUCACUAAUGUACAAAGGAUAGAAGCUGAAUUAAAGAAUGUAGAAGGAGUAUCAGUGAUAACUGUAACGCAAAAGCCAAAGUCAACCGGACAAGAACCAGUAGUUCUAACAUUCAACGGAGUUAUUGGUACAGAAAUUGUAAUAAAACUUGUGUCGCCACUAAGGGCUGAACCACCAAUUGUUUCUGAUACAGAAGUAAUUGCAUGUAUUCAUCCAAAAGAGAUUACAACAGUCAUCCUGCCUACUAUAUCAUCAACAACUUUGGUAUCGACAACGACAGCAAUCAAAGAGUGUCCAGUAAAUACGGUAUCUGAUACCUUAGAUGUUGAAGACGUGGUUACUUCAUCUAAUCCAACCGAAGCAGAUCAAGUUCUGGAACCUGAAGGAUGGACACCAGCAACUGAUGACACUACUCCGAGCGUUGUAUUGUCAUGGAAGGAACCGGAAUCAAUUAUGGAUGUAAUUGUAGAAACAGAAAAGAUUGACACUAUCCAAAUCAUUGUCUACAAUGACGACGUAGUUGUUUUUGAUGAGCCGUUCAAGGUACAACCAGGUGACAAAACAGUAGAAGUAAAUUUACCGACUAUUAAAAAUGACAAAGUUCCGGGUAACAAGAUUGAACUUAUUAUAACACCUGUGUCAGACUAUGUUACGCCUGUUGUGAAAAAUGUGAACGUGAAAGUCUGUAGGAAAGAGAUUACAACAGUCAUGCCUCCAUCUACGGCAACAACAAUAUUGAUAACGACAACAACAGAAAUCAAAGAGUGUCCGAUGAAUACUGUAUCUGAUACCUUAGAUGUUGAAAAAGUGAUAACUUCAUCUAAUCCAAGUGAGGCAGAUCAAGUUCUGGAGCCUGAAGGAUGGACCCCAGCAACUGAUGAUACUACUCCAAGUGUUGUAUUGUCAUGGAAGGAACCGGAUUCAAUUAUGGAUGUUAUUGUAGAAACAGAAAAGGUUGACACUAUCCAAAUCAUUGUCUACAAUGACGAAGUAGUUGUUUUUGAUGAGCCGUUCAAGGUACAACCAGAUGAACCAGUAGAAGUAAAUUUACCGACUAUUAAAAAUGACAAAGUUCCGGGUAACAAGAUUGAACUGAUUAUAACACCUGUGUCAGACUAUGUUACGCCUGUUGUGAAAAAUGUGAAAGUGAAAGUCUGUAGAAAAGAAACAACCACAACACCAGUACUAACAACAACAACAGAAUGUAUGAAAACUACUAUGGACGAUGUAUCUCCCGACUUGUUGACAGUCAUUACUGAAGACUCUGCACUUGGGUUUAAUUCAGAGGACAUAUUUAAAACCUCAGGAUGGGUGGCCAAAAAAAAUAAACCUGAAAUUACAUUGGAAUUGAGCGAUAGUAAUGAUAGCCCCAUGGUGUAUCAAGUUGUUAUGAAUGUAGCUAAUGUUCAAAAGAUUGAAGCUGUUCUAAAUAAUGUAGAAAAAGAAUUUGUAAAGUCAGUUACAAAAGAACCCGAAUCAACAUCACCUGAAACUGUUGUAUUGAUGUUUGAUGGUGUUAUUGGUACUGAAAUUGUGAUAUCACUGUCUUCGUCAGGAGAACAACCAAUUGUCUCUGAUGUAAAAGUGGUGGCCUGUAUUCAUCCAACAGAGUUAACAACAGCCAUAAGCCCAACAACAGGAACUACAACUCUGCAAUCAACAACAGCAAUAUAUUGCCAAUUCACACAAGAAGCAUUUAAAGACAAUUUUGGAUAUGAGCAGAUAGAUAUAGUUGGUUUUGUUGAAAAAGAUGGAAUUGAGGGUCUUUCAAGCAAUAGUGAAAUUAUUCAGAUAGAUUCGGUGAUAGAGGAAGGAGUUGUCGUUUUCAUUGGAUGUAGUAACUGUACGUGUGCUAUGGAUGGUAACAUCAGAUGUGAUAUAGGACAAUGUGAAGAAUGCAAAUAUACACAGUGGAGUGAAUGGACUCCUUGUUCAAGAGAAUGUGAUGUUGGAGCUAGAACAAGAGAACGGAUUAAACUUACAAUUACCAAUCCUAAUAUCUGUGCUGAUGACCUAAAAGAAAUGGAAGACUGUAAUAUAGAACCAUGCGUUACCCCAACAACGAUGCCAAUGUGUGAGCAGUGGAGUGAAUGGAAUGAAUGCAGCUCUACUGAAGCUUGCACUGAAGGUGUACGAUCCAGAGAACGACACUGUCCUGACAGUCCAUCCUUGGAAAAUGAGCCAUGUGUAAACAACUGCACAGUUCCAGUAUGCGAACAUCCGUUGGUAUUCAUAACAGAACCAACAUGUCAGCUGACUUGUUAUACAGUUCAAUAUCCAGAAAGUUGUGUUAUUCCUGAUGAUAUGCAACCGAGUUGUGGAUGUAUGGAGGGUUUUGUUCUUGACGAAGAAAGUAAUAUUUGUAUUCCUAUCCAUGAAUGUCAGAAAUGUUACAAAGAAGACGGAACAGCCGUAAAUCCUGGUCUAAGUUAUAUGAAAUCCGAAUGUGAGGAGUGUAUCUGUACAGAAGGAUUAACAUUAACAUGCGGUAUUAAAACUGACUGUUGCGCAUGGACUGAAUGGGGACACUGGGGAGAAUGCAGUGAAUCUUGUAAAGAUGGAGUGCAGAAUAAAUACAGGGAAUUGUUGGUGGGAGACCCUGAAACAUGUGGAGAGGACAAAAUAAGCCGAGAAUGUAAGCCACCAACAGCAUUACCUGACGAAUGCAUAGAUUGUAUAUAUAAUGACGAGGAAUACAGUGUUGGAGAUCUAGUUGAUGUCAGGGAUAAUGGAUGUACAAAGUGCUACUGUGAUUCUACUCAUAACUCGUACUGUGUUCCGGAUCCUGUUGCCAAUGUCAACGGAUCAUGGUCAGAAUGGGCGGAAUGGUCAUCUUGUAGCAGUUCAUGCGAUGGAGGUGUGCGAUCUAGAACUAGGCUCUGCAAUGAUCCAUUACCACUGUGUGAUGGAAUUGAAUGUGAAGGAAGAAAUGAAGAAGUUGAAGACUGUAAUGCAGAACUUCCAUGCUGCGAAAUCUCUGAAUGGUCCGAUUGGAGUGAAUGUUCUGCCACUUGUGAUGAUGGUGAAUCAGUUAGAACAAGGUUUUUUGUAGAUCCAUCUGAACAAAAUUCGUGUGAUUAUGUGAAUAUUACAGACAUUCAACCUUGUAAUCUUGGGGAAUGUGGUUGUCGAUAUAGCGAAUGGAGUGACUGGACUGAUUGUAAUACAGAGUGUGGUAUUGGUCUUUCACAAAGAAAGAGAGAUCUAAUUCAACCAAGUAGUUAUGUAGAAUGUGAACAUUCACAGGUCGAAGAGAGAGACUGUUAUCUUGCAGAUUGUGCAUGUGAUAAAGAUCAUCAGAAAUGGAGUAAUCAUUCUCACUGUGAAACGACAUGCUUAAACAGAUUCACAAAUAUCCCAGUAGAAGAUUGUGAAGAACUUAACCCUGGGUGUGUUUGUGAAGAAGGGUACUUUGAAGACAAAAAUGGCAUUUGCGUUACCAAUGACAACUGCUCAGUUUGUUAUCAUCCUGAUAGUCCAGAUGAACCAAUAGAGCCAGGAAAGAUUUUCAAAAAUCCCAAUGUGGCUUGUGAGGUAUGUCAGUGUGUUGGUGGAGAUAUUGUCUGUAACAGGAGAUGUGAAUUUCCCGAAUGUAAAGAGGGAGAAGUGUUGUCCUACCCAAAAACUGAUCCGUGCUGUCCUAGAUGUAUCCCAGAAGAAACAACGUGUUCGCUAAAGACAGAAAAGAGAGUUGUAAAACGUGGUGACUGUGAAACGGUUGACGAAAUCAAUGUAACAUUCUGCUCAGGAAGCUGUGGUAAUAGUAGCAGCAUACCUGUGUUUAUGAUGGAUGACGGAAUGGAGUAUGAUAACAUGGGUUGUAUACAGACCUGUAAAUGUUGCCAGGGCACUGUGCGUGGUAUGCAGACAGUAGAUAUACGAUGUGGUUUACCUGGUCAAAAGAGACUUUACAAAGCCCGUGUGCCUGUGAUUGUUGCCUGUAAAUGUGAUUCAUGUAUGACAACUGAGUCUAUGAAGAACCAAGUAGAUGCUACCAGUAGUUUUGGAAAACGAUAGAAUUGUAGAAAAUGUAUAAUUGAUUAAAUUUUCAAAAUAUAA